AUGCCAAGUGCAUCUAAGAAAAAAAGUCUUCCGGUCAUUUCAAUCAAAAAGAAACCAAAGCCGGUCUUUGAGGAAAGAGAAAAUCUUGUGAGCAUAUUGAGAAAUGAAAAAGCAUUUAGAAUACAAGUGUUUUCGUUUGAGUCCAUCGAAAUCUUUGAACAGUUUCUGCUUUCCAAAAAUAUAAAGUUUAUAAAGGGAUUUACAAGCAAGGCGCUGUCAAAGAACGAAAUUCAUCUGCUUUUAAAUGAUGGCUCGUCUGUUCUUAAUGCUCCGAGAAUAAUUUUGUACUCGAACAUGAGAGAUUUCACAUUUAUUCCCUAUAAAUUUAUACUUUCCAAUGAUGAAAAGGGAAGCUUUGUUAAAAACCGUUUUGUGCUUAAAUCGUCAAGUGAAAGCUAUUCGGCAACAUCGCUCUCAUCUAAUGACCUGGAUGUUGCAGGGUUCACUGCAGAUUCACUAAACUAUGUGCAAUCUGUCAUCAUACUGUGUAUGAUCAAAGAGUGCAAGCUCAAGAGCAUCUGCAAGGAGGUACAGCAAGUGGAUCCUGAACUUAGGAACAUGUUCGUCAUUAAAAGUGAGUUAAACCUGCUGUGCAGGUAUAAAUUUUGCACUAAGACAGGAGAGUCAUACAAACUAAACAUCUCCCACGAAACAGUUGUGAAAGUGUGCGAAAAGCUGGGGUUUUACAAUGUUUUUGGCUGA